AAAUGAUCAAAUGAUGGGUAUGGGAGGUCCAGGUCCUAAUCAUCAGGGCAUAAUUUCUCAACCACCUGCAAACACUGCAACUAAUCGCUCUUUCGUACUUCGCUGAACUGUCUAUGCAAUGGCUAUAAUAACGGACUUACCCAUUGAUGUGAUUAUUAUUAUUUUAUGCGAUGAGAGCAUCAGCUUUAAGGAUAUUAUGAAUUUAGCUUUCUCAUUCAACAAAUUCUACGUCUUAUUAACUGACAAUGCACUUUGGCGGAAGAAAUUUUAUCAGAGAUGGCCUCAUCUAAGAGAAGAAUAUGACGAACAACUGUGCCUAGAAAAUAAAGAUUUUCUUGAACAUAUAAAAGCAGGUGUAAAAUCUAAGAAAGAAUUAUGGCGUUACUUGUCGCAGAUGUCUGAGAAACACUAUUACAAAGAUGAUUUAUUUGAUGUUGACUUUAGGGAUUUCAAUUCACUGUUUGAUCCAGAUAAAGGCGCAUAUUUCAUGAAUUAUUAUUUCUUUGUAAAUGAGCUGAUAAGGUUGCUUACAGAAUCUCCAAUGGAAUCCGAUUUGACACAAAGAUAUUACGCAGAGAAGCUUCUUUCAUACCUGCAGCAUUAUCGUUUAAGGAAGAAGGUGCACGAAUUUCUAAAUUAUCCUGAAAAACAACAGAUUUUAGAAAAGGCAGCCUUCAUUUUAGCACAAUGGUAUCAACCCCAGAAAUAUGUGUCUUACUUGUAUGUGAGUACGUCACUGGAUAAGAUUGCACAGCAGGUAUUGGAGUGCCUUAAAAAUAAAUAUUCGGCGCAUCCAAUAUGCUCAAUAUCAGGAGAGCAGCUUUCCUUUUGGGAAAACAAUAAUAUCGAUGAUAAUCAUUGGAAUAGCAUAGAAGGAAGACAGAUUAUAGAGAGUCUUUGUGAAGUUUUAUAUGAUAAAUUAAAAUUUCAAGGAAGUUCGUUUUUCGAUAAUUUCUUUCCGAGAUUUAUAGAAUGCUCUAGUAUAGAUUGCAUUUUAAAAGGUAAAGUUGGUAAUGCAGUAAUUCUGGCAACAAUAUAUCAUAGUGUGGCGAGAAGACUUGGUAUACGCUGCGAUAUAAUAUUCCAUAAACGUAUUAUUAACUACUUCUUAUGCUGGAGAGCGAAAUAUCAUACCACAAAUACCAAAGAAAAAGAAUGUUUUUGUAUUGACUUCAUGCGUAAUGGACAAAUGCCUAGUAGAAAUGGCUGUCCUAUAAUAAAUAGUGCAAAUUAUAAUAUUGAUGAGUAUACGAAGGAAAGUCCUGUAGAGGUGAUGUCACAUAUGAAUGCUAAUUUGGUUUCAAUAAUUAGAAACAAAGAAAUUAUAAAACGGUCGUAUCUGGAAUUACAGUGUCUAAUAAAACCAGAUACACGUGCAAUUGAAGAACUAGGUGACAUAUAUAUACAGCAUCAGACGGAUUUAUCCAGUCUCAUAGUUAUAUUGGAGAAGAUUCAGGUUACUGACCUUGAGGAGGCAAGAUAUGCUGCACAUUUGUUGAAUAAAUUUAGGAGCCUUAUAAAUCCAAUUAUGCCAUUUUGCAACCAAACACCAAAGCAAAGGAGAACAAAUAUAACAUUUGCAGUUGGAAUGAUCGUAACAUUUGAUAUUUAUCUUCCAGUGCGUAAAGAUUUUCGGAAGAGUAGGGGUGUGAUAAUUGGAUGGGACGAGAGACGUAGAGAAUACGAUGAUUUAGUGGAAAUCUGUCAUUUGUUUUCUUUCCGUGAAAUUAAUUUAAGACCAUAUUACAUAGUCCUCUGUGAAAAUGAUGAAAAGUGUUACAUCCCCGAAGUGUGCUUAACAAUGUGCAAAGAAUCAGUAUGGAUUAAUCACAAAGAUAUUGGUCGAUAUUUUUGUAAAUUUGAAAAGUCUUGUUAUGUACCAAACAAGAUGCUAAAAAAACAUUAUCCAUAUGAUCAACCAGCUCCGGUCUUUUGUAUAACUCAUUGACGUUAGGAAUGGCAAAAAGGAUUUCAUUUAUUUUAUGAUCCAUAUUUGUU